GAGCUGAGACGAUGCAGGAGAAUCAGCUGCGUUUCUAGAAGUAACUCCACCUCCGUUCAGCUUAGUUUCUCUUUUUUAAUUCUUCUUUGACCACUUCUUGUCACUCGUGAUGUUCUCCAGCCAUCAGCUGUUGAGAUGUUUAGUGUUUGUUAGCUAGUUCAGCUCUGAACGUAGCUUCUUCUACUCCUUGGUGAGUGAUGGGGUCGGAGUCGGUGAAGGUGGUGGUCAGGUGCAGGCCUCUGAACGACAGGGAGAACGCCCUGGGCUCUAAGACGGUGCUGACCAUGGACCUGCAGCGCUGCCAGUGUUUCAUAGAGAAGCCCGGGGCGGCCGAUGAGCCUCCCAAACAGUUCACCUUCGAUGGGACCUACUUCAUCGAUCAAACCACCGAGGAGGUGUACAACGAGAUCGCCUACGCUCUGGUGGAGGGAGUCACUGAAGGAUACAACGGCACAAUCUUUGCCUAUGGACAAACUGGAAGUGGAAAGUCGUACACCAUGCAGGGGGUGUCCGAGCCUGCAGCCCAGAAAGGAGUCAUCCCUCGGGCGUUUGAACACGUCUUCGAGAGUAUUCAGUGUGCAGAAAAUACAAAGUUCCUGGUGAGGGCGUCGUACUUGGAGAUUUACAACGAAGAAAUCCGAGACCUUUUGGGAAGCGACACCAAACAGAGACUGGAGCUGAAAGAGCACCCAGAGCGGGGGGUGUACGUGCGCGACCUCUCCAUGCACACCGUGCACAGUGUGGGGGAGUGUGAGAGGAUCAUCGAGCAGGGCUGGAGGAACCGAGCUGUGGGCUACACGCUGAUGAACAAAGACUCCUCCCGCUCCCACUCCAUCUUCACCAUCCACUUAGAGAUCUGCAACAUCGAUGCAGAAGGGCAGGAUCACCUCCGAGCAGGUAAACUCAACCUGGUUGACCUGGCAGGAAGUGAGCGUCAGUCCAAAACCGGCGCCACUGGCGAGCGACUGCGUGAGGCCACCAAGAUCAACCUCUCCCUGUCGGCCCUGGGCAACGUCAUCUCAGCCCUGGUGGACGGACGCUCCAGAUACAUCCCCUACCGGGACUCCAAGCUGACCAGGCUCCUGCAGGACUCUCUGGGAGGAAACACGCGCACCUUGAUGAUUGCCUGUCUCUCCCCGGCUGACAACAACUACGAGGAGACCCUGAGCACGCUGCGCUACGCCAACCGGGCCAAGAGCAUCCAGAACAGGCCGAGGAUCAACGAGGACCCCAAGGAUGCUCUGCUCAGAGAGUAUCAGGAGGAGAUCAAGUCACUGCGGGCCCUGAUCUCAGGCCAGCUGGGUAUGGCUGACCUUUCCACUCUGUUGGCCGCUCAGUUGUCUCAAACGUCCCCUGAUCUUCCUUCAAGGCCAGAGUCAAAUACCACAGAAGCAGAGAAGGAGCAGAUAAAAGAGGAGUAUGAGGAGAGGCUUGCCAAGUUACAGGCCGAGUACAAUGCAGAGCAGGAGUUCAAGGCAAAGCUGCAGGAGGACAUUGCUGCACUGCGUUCCUCUUAUGAAUCCAAGGUGUCCAAUCUGGAGCAGGCCCGAGCCAGCAGGGGGAGCACUGUCCCAAAGAAUGAUGACAGGAAAACGUCGGGACACAGCAAAGACACUUCGUCAGUGAGCUCGAGCUGCAUGACACAGUUUGCUGAAGAGGAGCUCAGCGUUAAAACGGACGCCUUGUGUCUCAGUUCACCUGGAGAAACGUCUUAUUCCAAGCCUCCUGCUCCUUGUGCUGAAGAUGAGGUCCAUGAAGGUUCCGGUGGAGACGAGCUCAUUGACUCAGAGGACGUCACCACAGCAGAACCUCUGGACCAGCAACAUGUCCUGGAAAGGCUGCAGCAGCUGGAGCAGCAGGUUGUCGGAGGAGAGCAGGCCAGGAACAAAGAGCUGCAGCAGAGACACCGGCAGAGGAAGAAUCUCGCCGACCAGAGAAAGGUGCAGCUCAUCCGAGCGCUGUCGGAGAACAGCGAGGAGAGUGAAAAUGUGCUGCUGAAUGUCUACAACUCCAUCCAGGAGGAGGUCCACGCCAAGAGCCAAGUUCUGGUCAAGGUGCAGGGAAAGCUGAAAGCAGCCAAGCUGGAGAUCCGUGACCUGCAGGCAGAGUUCGAGGUGGAGAGGAACGACUACCUGGCGACCAUCCGCCGGCUGGAGAAGGAGGGACAACUGCUGAACAGCCUCCUGGAGCGCAUAGUGCCCCUGGUGCGCCGCGACUGCAACUACAGCAACCUGGACCGCCUGAAGAAAGAGGCGGUGUGGGACGAGGACUGUGCCGCAUGGAGGCUGCCAGAUGUGAUGGUGCAGAAAACAACGCUGCCUUCAGCCGUUCAUCCAAAACCAUCAACCAGACGAGGCUCAGCUGCUGAUGGUGGAGAUCCAUUCUUGCAGGUGGAGGAGGACCGGUAUAAGGAAAUGCUCGACCGCAGUGACAGUGAGAACAUCGCCAGCAGCUACUUCAAGUCAAGGAGGACCAGUCAACUGCUGCUGGGGGGGGACGCCACCAGGGGACACGCCGUCCACUCUCCUCCCCUUGUCACCGGAGCAGCCCACCUGUCACUGAGCAGUUCUGCUGUGAACCCACCCGUCGGCUCGGACUCCGUCGUGCCUCGACCCUUCCGCCUGGAGUCGCUCGGUGCCCCCGUGUCCAAUGGUAAGGUGAAGCGCAAAAAGAGCAAAUCUCACAUUCACAGUGAGGUGAUUUAAAAAGACUGUGAACUCUCAUCUGCUACUUUCUCUAACACGUCUCACUGUGUUGUUGACUUAAAGGUCCAGUGUGUAGGAUGUAGAGGAAUCUAAAGUGGAGUAUAAUGUCAAUAUUUAUGUUUUAAUUAGUGAAUAAUCACAGUUUCUGUUGACUUAAAUCGAGCCCUUUAUGUCUACAUCAGGGGCGGGGCCUCACUUAGUUCUCCUCCACACUUUGGAAGGGGAAGGGAAGACAGUUGGUUGCAAUAUACAACUUUGCCACUAGAUGCCACUUAAUCCUACACACUGAACCUUAAAAAUAUUUAAUACAACGUGAUUGGUCACAUACAGUAUAUUGUAGAUGAUCACAUGUUGACUUUUUGAUUACUACUGAUAGAAAAUGUAGGAAAGUAUACAUCAGGCACUUUGUGUUGACACUGAGUCAUGUCAUGUGUUUUAAAUUCACAAUGUGAAUGUAAUUUUGAUCAAAGAGCUUCCUUCAUUAUGAUGCUACCCUUGAAUUUUUGCACUGUACUUCAAAACGUUCAUGCUGUUGUGAUAAUCAAACUGUUGUAACGUUCACCUGCUGCUGAGCAGAUCAAAUAAAUGACUGUAUCCAC